CUCCUGGCCGCGGGAGCGCCGGCGUCCUGCCUCCUCCAUCCCUCGCGGGCCGGGCCGCAGGAAGCCGCGCUCGGCGGGAGCGGAGCCGCCCCACCGCCGGGCCGCGCGAGCCGCCACAUACCAGGCUGCGAUCAUGAUUCAUGGUGUCCAGUACAAAGGAGAGACCAAGUCCCUUCUGGGGUGGAAUAGGAGCCAGAGCCCCCAGCCGCAUCUCUUCUCUGCUCUGCUUGAGUCUUCUGGAAUGGACCUGCCUGCCAGGAAGCCAGGUCACCCUUGGUCCUGGUCUUGCCUACCCCCUGGGGAACACAGGUGGCCCAGGCAGUGGUAGCGGCAUUCGUGGCAGAGGAUGCCCCAGGUCCCGGAGCGUGCAGAGGGCUGCUGGGCCUGGGUGGUGCUCCUGGCCUCCCUGGUGACCCAGGGUCUCACUCUGGGCUUCCCCACAUGCACUGGCAUCUUCUUCACUGAACUGCAGCAUGAGUUCCAGGCCAGCAACAGUGAGACCUCGUGGUUCCCCUCCAUCCUGACAGCCAUGCUCCAUGCUGGGGGACCCCUAUGCAGCAUCCUGGUGGGACGCUUUGGCUGCAGAGUGACGGUGAUGCUGGGAGGUGCGCUGGCCAGCCUGGGCAUGGUGGCCAGCUCCUUCUGCCGCACCCUUAGCCAGCUCUACCUCACAGCAGGAUUCAUCACAGGCCUGGGCAUGUGCUUCAGCUUCCAGUCGAGCAUCACCGUGCUAGGCUUCUACUUCUCCCGCCAUCGGGCACUGGCCAAUGCACUGGCUUCGGUGGGCGUCUCCCUGGGCAUCACGCUCUGGCCACUGCUCUCCCGCUACCUCCUGGAGGACCUGGGCUGGAGGGGCACCUUCCUUGUCUUCGGUGGAGUUUUUCUCCACUGCUGUGUCUGUGGGGCCAUCCUGAGGCCUGUGGCCACCAGUAUGGCCCCUGAGACCAUAGAAGGCCCCCCUCCUCCUUCCAAGACACCUGCACCGGGCUGCCUGGCAGCGUGCGGUCGGGCCAUCCAGCGCCAUCUGGCCUUUGACAUCUUGCGGCACAACGCAGGCUACCGAGUGUUCACGCUGGGUGUUAUGUGGAUGAUCCUCGGCUUCCCGCUGCCACAUGUCUUCCUGGUGCCAUACGCCAUGCGGAAUGGGGUGGAUGAACACAAAGCAGCCCUGCUCAUCUCCAUUAUCGGCUUCAGCAAUAUCUUCCUGCGGCCGAUGGCUGGGCUGGUGGCAGGCCGGCGGGACUUUGCUGGCCACCGGAAGUACCUGUUCAGCCUGGCAGCCCUGCUCAAUGGCCUCACCAACCUGGUGUGCGCGGUGUCGGCCGACUUCCGGGUGUUGGUGGGCUACUGCCUGGUGUACAGCGUGUCUAUGAGUGGCAUCGGUGCCCUCCUCUUCCAGGUCCUCAUGGACAUUGUUCCCAUGGAUCGGUUCUCUAGCGCCCUGGGCCUCUUCACCAUCCUGGAGAGCAUCUCCAUCCUCAUCUCCCCGCCACUGGCUGGGCUCCUGCUGGACACCACCAACAACAACUUUAGCUAUGUUUUCUACAUGUCAAGCUUCUUCCUCAUAUCAGCUGCCCUCUUCAUGGGUGGCAGCUUCUGUGCCCUGCAGAAGAAAGAGAGGCAAAGCAAGCAGGCCGAGGCGGAAGGAGCCAUCACGGAGGCUGCCUCAGAGCAGGGCCUCACGGUAGAGGACUCACGUGGGUCCAGGAAGCAGCUGUAUACCGAGAUCAUGUAUGUGACCAGUGUUUUCACGCGCUAUUCUCGAGGCCCUGAGACCCCCACGCCGACCCUCCGCAUUCCAAUUCCGGCAGCAAAUUACUGCAGAACCUGUUUCCUCCCUCCCACACUCUCCCCCCCCCUUCCCCGGGCCCCCUCCACCGCCCUGACCAUGGCCCAGAAGCCGAAGGUGGACCCCCACGUCGGUCGCCUGGGUUACCUGCAGGCGCUGGUCACGGAAUUCCAGGAGACGGAGAGCCAAGACGCCAAGGAGCAAGUGCUGGCCAACCUCGCCAACUUCGCCUACGAUCCCGGUAACUACGAGUAUCUGCGGCAGCUGCAGGUCCUCGAUUUAUUCCUCGAUUCGUUGUCGGAGGAGAAUGAAACCCUGGUGGAGUUUGCUAUUGGUCUCAUACCCAUGUGUGUGGACAUCCUGGCUGUGUUUGUUCCUGUCCUGUGGCCCCUCCUUGAACUUAGGAGUGUACACACAGCAGUGGGGUUGCACACACCAACAGCAGAGUCCACCCCUGGGAGUCAGGAUCCAGGAAAGAGGCCCAUGCAGCUGUGGGAGCAGGUUCAGGUCCUGGAGCUCCAGGUAUAGGAGAAAGGAGGAUGGGCUCUGUGUGGGCUCCCUGGAAUUUUCAACCUGUGGAGGGGGCCAUAGUGAGGCCCUCUGGAAGGUUAUUAUGCUAAAUAAAUACUCUAAACAAUCAGUGGCUUUGAGAUUUUCUUCUGUAUAAGUCCUCCAUCCCCUCCCUCUACCCCACAGCUUCUGCCAUCUGAAUGGUGACAGUGGCGUCUGUGAAGCAUAGCUUCCACCCAGGA